AUGUUACACCGUGGUCAUAUCGGUAUAAUUAAAAUGAAACAUUUAGCUCGAACUUGUUGUUGGUGGCCAAAUAUCGACAAGGAUAUUUCUGAUAUGAUAAAAUCUUGUACUAUUUGUUCAAAAUUACAACCAUUACAAAAACCAACAUUUAACUCAUGGAAGGAACCUAAGCAAGUUUGGUCUCGUUUACACAUGGAUUUCGCCGGACCAAUUAUGAAUUCCAAAUGGUUAAUAAUAGUUGAUGCUAAAUCGAAAUUUCCAAUAGUGGUCGAUAUGAAAAACAAUACAUCAGCUAAAUAUGUACGUGAUGCACUUGAACAAGUUAUUGAUUGGUUUGGUCCUCCACAAACAUUAGUUACUGAUAAUGGUCCACCAUUUAAUAGUUAUGAAAUGAAAAAAUUUUACGACAAAUAUGCAAUUAAACAUAUUACAUCACCUCCUUAUCAUCCAGCCAGUAAUGGCUUAGCAGAACGAUUUGUUCGUUCUUUUAAAGAAGGAAUGUUAAAAGAACAACAAGCGGGACAAACAAAUAAAUUUUGUGCAAUUCGAAAUGUAUUACGAUGUUAUACUCUGAAAAAAAUAAAGGAGGUUUACAGAACCCUCCGAAAAGGUUCUGUAGAUUUUCAAAAUGCUCCAAAUGUGUUCAAAGUCUCAAGAAAAGGAUAA